AAAACACUCAGACAACAAGUAGCAAAGAAAGUAAAUAAAUAAAUUUACAAAACUAAAAACAAAUUUUAAAAAAUAUUUAAAAAAAAAUGUUGGUAAAAUCAAGCAUAACUUUAUUGGUAAUUUGUGGCCUUUUCGCCUUAUCUGCUGCCAAUUCUGUGGCUACUGAUGAACAGAAUUGUCCUAUAGUUUGUCCAGCUCUAUAUGCACCCUUGUGUGCCACAAAUGGCAAACUUUAUAAAGAAUUCGAUAAUAGCUGUGAGUUAAGGGCCAGCAAUUGUCGUUUGGAACGUUCGGCUUUAUCAAAAUACGUGGCCACUGCUAUGGACUGGUGCAACACUGAAUAUAUUGCCGAUUUAAAUCAAUUGCUGAAAAAAUUGGACAAUUUAGAUUUACAACUGCCCGAAUGCAUGAAACCUUGUGCCAUGAUUUAUAGUCCCGUUUGCAUUUCUAAUGGCAAAUAUCGUGCUGUGAUUAGUAAUGAAUGUGUCAUGGAUAAUUUCAAUUGUGCUUUAGCUAAAAAGGGUAAAGAAUCUUUCAAAGUUUUAAAAGCAGGAUCUUGUUAAGAUCUGUUGAGUGGAAAAUUCUUUAAAAGAUAUAUAAAUGUUAAGAAAAUAAAAUGUGAUUGCUAUUAGUAAUGAA